CCCACCACGCGCACAACACAACCACACCAGCGGUAUCGCUUCAAGAGCACGGAGCACACAAACAACAAGCUUACAGAGCACAUUGCCCACCCGUACAAGACAAUCUACAGCGAGGUACAGCAACAGCACUCGGAAUGACGAACAAAGCAGCAACAGCGGCAGCGCUCAUCAUGCUGCUCGACUCCAGCCAAGCGUUCACGUCCACUUUCCUCUCUCCCAGCAAACUGGCGAUGCAUCGUAGCACAUCCCCUUCCAGCACCGCAGUCCCCACCACGACAGUCACCAUGGACUGCGGUCCGUGGGACUUGGAAUGCUACGGCGUGCACCCGUUUGGGAGUGAGCGGGGCAGGGGGAGAGGCGUCAGGGGCGGCGGCGGCCGCGGCCGCGGCGGCGGUGGGCGACGGAACAGGGGGAUCCAACGGUACCGCCCAUCAUUCGGUCCCAUGAUUUUCGCGCCCUCGGAGGGUCAGGCCAACCAACACCUUCAGGUCGGGGACCCCGCCGUUAUUCUGGAGACCAAUGACCUCUACACGCUGGCCUUUGACCUUCCGGCAGGGGUCGACCACGACGGGCUGGAAGUGUCUGUCAGCGAUCGUCUGCUGACGGUCAAGGCCAGUAUCACCCGCGAACAGGAGGCCGAUCCCUUCAUCACCAGAGGUGGAUGGGUCACGCGCUCCAGCCGGGUAGACUCUGUCUCUCGCUCGUUCGUGCUCCCGGAGGGCCUCGUCGAGUCUAGCGCGACUGCUUCGCUCUCGGAGGGCAAGGCUGAGGUGAGGUUCAACAAGGACAAGUCGGUGCGCGGUGAAGCGGCGUCCACUGCGGCGCCACCCAUCACCCCGUCCACGACCGGCACCGCCGCUUCCGCGGGGGACACAACCGCCGCUCCUACUUCUUCGGCCGACGCCGGAAGAACACCGCCCACUGACUCUACCGGCAGCACGGCUGUUGCUGAGCCCUCAGCUGCCGCUGCAUCUUCUUCUGCAUCGUCUCCCGUCGACGCCGCGUCCACCCCUGCUGCUUCUACUGAACCCCGGCCUUCGCGCCCCACGUUCCCGUUCGAGGCUGUGGACCAGGAGUUCCGCGAGUUCGCCAAGGCGAUGUGGGGGGAGCACGUGCUCGAGCGGCUGCAGGUGCCCACGCAGGAGGAGCUGGCGGAGCAGGCCGCGAUGGCCCGGGAGGCGUGGACGAAGCGCGAGGCUGAGUUCGAGGAGAGGGCCAGGGCGGCGAAGGAGGCCAGGGCUAAGCGCGUGCUGGCGAUGAGGAGGGCGACGAUGGCGGCGAACAUCUCGCUGUCGGAGGAAGGAUCGUCGUACGUCGUCAGGUUCGCUCUACCGGAGGGCACCACUCGCGAGGACGUCAAACUCACGGUCAACCCUUCAAACUCUAUCCGCGUCGCGGUCUCUGCUAGAAGCACCGCUGCAGCAGGCCCCGACCGCCCAGUCUACAAGGACGUGGUUCUCCCGAAGGACGCCAUCCUCUCCGAAAUCUCGGCCAAGUUCGAGGCCGAGCAGCACCGCGACGGAAAGGGCACCAUCGAGGAGGAGGGCGAGGAGGCGACGGCCGGUGGCGGCGGCGCUACUAAGGAGGGGGCGGUUGCGGGCGUGGAGGUUACCGUAGGCAAGGCAUCUCCACCGCAGCCCAAGCACGUCGAGAUCUUGUAACAAAUCGCUUGGCGUAUUAUUUUGUGUCAUGUGCGCGACGUCGGCAGCCCUGUGUUGGUUUAUUUAUAAUGUCCGCUACGUGUGAUUUGGUAAAGAGCGAAUUGUAAAAACGCGGGAGGAAAAUAUUUUCAGUCUCGUCUCUGUCGAAGCGGAUGGGAGGAAAAGGGUGCGUAUAUAGAGGAGUUUGGGGCUCUCAGUAAAGUAUGGGUCGAAAAUGUCAAACUGUCUAGAGAAAAAAGCGGCUGGCCGUCUGCGGUGUGUUGAAGCAGACACCAGUCCAUCCAGUACGCCUUGUAGACAACUUUGGGGAAGCAAUAGAGCCUCCGAGAUACUUCAGCAGCAUUUUUUGAUGCAGUGUCAGUGUGCUUGUCCCGUGGGGCUUGGGGAGGUUUCACUCCAUGCCGGGCGACCGGUGAAAGACACGGAGAGCAUUUGCACGGCAGUUAGAUCCACAAAAACGGCAGUUAGAUCCAUACUAGAGCAGCAAAAGCACUUUGUGGUAAUCGGCGUGCUGUUGGGUGAUAAUGAUGUGUGUCAACAUUGUUUUGGUGGGAAGCAGUCAGACAGAAGCCUCUCGGGGAGAGGGGGGAGCGCGGGAAGCCGAAUUAGAGAGAUCACGUGCUCGAUGGCUUAGUUGGUAUGAUUAGGCUUACGCGGCGUCUCGGCCGGCGUUCGUGGGUGUACAUCUGUCACAUCGCCGGGCUGGUGGAAAUCAAUAUAUCAUAGCCAGCAAUUUCUAUACUUCAUCUGUACUUCUUUGGCAUUCUCGCGGGAAUACGCAACCUGGUCUUUUCGCAUGGCACUAUUACUAUGUGUGCGGGGCUUUGCCACCUCGUGGGUGCCUU